UGACGCAAGCCUUGUCAGCUUCUCAAUCUCACUAGUUUCGUCUUAUCUCUAAUUCUAGUAGUACUACAACUACAGGUUUCAUGUUUACAAAUGUGCUACAGAAUCGCCACGAAGGAAAAAAUUGGAAUUUAUUGAUCAUCAACAUUGAAUAAACACUUUUAACUGUUCUUUUAGCUAUUUUAAAUGAUGCAGUUUCUUAUUGGUUUCCCUGAUUACAUUAUACAUUUUUUGAGUUUAAUAAAUGAUAUUAACUUAUCAGCUUUGUGUACAUUCCUGUAAGGGUUGCGAUGUGUCAAAAAUUAUGACUCAUUUUUGUUCUUGGCUGCUUAUGCAUUUGACGGAUAUACGCUUUCAUGAUUUGUUUUUUUCCAACUGUGGUCCUGAUAUCUAUAACUAAAUUUUCUCUGCUUUGUGCAUGCAACAGAAGUUUUACUUACUAAAUUUGAUAUGGAAGCGAUUGCUAAGCAUGAUUUUGAUGCAACUGCAGAGGAUGAAAUGAGUUUUAGAAAGGGACAAAUUUUAAAGAUAUUAAAUAUUGAAGACUCAGACUGGUUUAGAGCUGAACUUGAUGGCAAAGAAGGUUUCAUACCUAGUAACUACAUAGAAAUGAAAAAUCAUGACUGGUACCAUGGUCGUAUCUCGAGGGCUGAUGCUGAAAAACUUUUAUUGACGAAACACGAGGGAGCAUUUUUGAUCCGUGUCAGUGAAAGCUCUCCUGGGGACUUCUCUCUUUCUGUAAAAUGUGGAGAAGGAGUGCAACAUUUCAAAGUGUUGAGAGACACUCAAGGAAAAUUCUUUCUUUGGGUGAAGAAAUUCAAUUCUCUGAAUGAGUUGAUUGAUUAUCAUCGAACUGCCACUGUUAGUCGAUCUCAUGAUGUGAAACUUAGGGAUAUUCAGAAAGAAGAGUACCUUGUUCAAGCUCUGUAUGACUUCAGACCGCAAGAGAGUGGUGAGUUGGAAUUAAGAAGAGGUGAUGUCAUAACCGUGCUUAACCGCUCGGAUAAGAAUUGGUGGAAAGGAAAGAUUGGGACUAAGAAAGGCAUCUUCCCUGCUACAUACGUCACUCCAUACAACAACAGAUGAGACAUUGGGUGUAAAUGAAUGCAAACUUUCAAUCUUUCCUAUAGUGGUUGUGAACUGAGUUACAAUUGUUAUUUUAUUUUAUUUUGCCUGAGAAUAAGCACACCAAUGUAUGAUUAUCAUGUAUUUAUAUUUGUCAUUAUUUUAUUUAUAUGUAGUGGUGAUCAAAUUCAUUUUAAAUUAAAUUUAUAAAAACAAGAAUUCAAAAGAAAAAACCAUGCAUUUUGCUGCCAUUUAAAAUAUAAAUUUUACAGAAUAUUCGUAGAAGUUGAAAGUUAUGUGAUUAUGAAUUAUAAGAGUUAAUGGUCACGUACAAUUUCAGGGUUUAUAUAAAGUGCUCUUUUUUUUUAAGGAAUAAAAGUGUUUUUAGAAAAAUAAUUAAGUUUAAAAUCUCAGUAGGUUAAAUGUAAUUGGGCAAUUCCUAAAAAAAAAAAAAUAGCCAAAAUUUGAAACUUUAACAAACUUAUCAUAUUUUUAUAAGCAUUUAAUUAAUAUUUCCGUUUUCAACUCAUAACUCAUGUUUAAUUUUUUCUCUGGGACUAAGUGAAAUAAAGACCUUAUUUAAAUACUCCAUUUUAAUAUUUAAUGAAAUAAUAUCUGCAUUUAAUCCAAUUUUAUUAUUUUUGGUAACAUUAUACUAUAAUUAUGUAUGUACGGAAAAAAGUAAUUUUGGUUAUUUUAGAGUUUGAAUUGGUAAAUUUUACGUCUGUAACAAAAAUUAAGCAUAAUUUAAUUUUUUUGUCAAAAUGGAGCAACAUUUUUUAAAAGCUUUUCUAAUUCUUUUAUUACUCUUAGUUACAAGUUAAAUGCUAUGAACAAUAUUUUUCCAAACAUGCAAUUUUUAAAAAAAUUGGUGUUACAGAUGUAAUAUAUCUCUGCAUUGUUUCAUCCAUAACAAAUCAAGAAUUUAAAUUUUUUUAAAAAAUGAAUACUGUAAAUGACACACUCAUUAGAUAUAAAUAUAUUUGAGAAAGACCAAACAAUUAUAUUUAUAAAUUUUUGUUCUAUUUGGUUAUCCCAAAAUUCAGUUCUGUAUCAUUUAGAAUGUAUUAUAAAGGUAAAUAUUUUCAGAUGAAAUAUUUUACUGUGAAGUUUAUGAUACUUUGAAAGGAGAUUGUAUUUAAAAUAUUGAUAACCUUAUUCAAUGUCAGCUCGAAAUUAACUGUGGUCCAUUGAAAGAAAUUAGCAAUAGUCCUCCAGACCAGCAAUCAAUGUAAAAAGAUGGCAUGUUGUUUAGGAAUUUUGAUUUUCAGUUUUAUGUUUUGGUCAGUGUUUUUGUCACAAAAGAGCAUAUUUCAUCAUAAUUGUGACAUGACACAAACCCAUUAUUAUAAUUUUUCAUAUAAAUUCACUUUUUUAACUUAAAAAGACAGGUAUAUGGACAAAUGAAAAUGUGUACAGACUAUUAGUGUCUUUUGGUUACUGGUCCUUCAAAUCAGUGACUUAAUUUUCUGAGUUUUUAGACUUGAUGUUAUUUGAACAUUUCAAUCUAACAGCAGAAAAGUAUUAAAAAAUGUUUUUUAUUUAGAACUUUGAAUAUUGUUUCAAGUAUUAAAUAUUGUUUUGUAUUUUGAGAUUUGGCUGCGUAAAUCAUCUUAUAACAAUAGUGUUUUAGGGUACCCCCUGUAAAAUGAAAUAGUAGUCAUUAGUUUUAAUCAACCCAUUUUAAAAAGCAAUUAGACACAAAUGAAAUCAUUAAGAAAUUCAGGAACACGAAAUUAUUCAUUAACAAACCAAUAGAUGGUGUUUUUAAUACAAUCACAAAUACAGACAAACCGCAAAGCGUUAUUAGGCGAUUCAAUAUUUUCAAAUUUAUGGUUUUGUUUUCAGCAGAAGAAAUGAAUUAUGUAAAGUAUGAGCUCAAAUCUUCUGAAUUUCAUUACAUAUUAGUUAAUUCUGGAGUAUUUAAAAUGAAAAGUUUGUUUCUGUUAUUUUUAAAUACAUUAUUAAUAAAAGUAACAGGGUCGUGUGUAGUUGAGAAUAAAUCGCUCAUUUCGCAAUCCUGAUUUAGGUUUAUUGCAUAUGGUACGUCUUUAAUUUUGUUACUUUAUUCUCGUUUGGGUUGCGAUUAUAAGUUUCUUUUGCUAAUUUCUUAUAUUUAAUUUUUGAAGACAGUUUACUCAAGACAGGGUAAUAAUUGUUCUAUGAUUCUUCUUCUAGCAUUUAUUUUAUAUUUUUAUUACCGCUUAAUUCCAUGUUUAUUCCCUUUUUUGAAAAGUUCUUUGUAGUAAUUUUAAAUACUAAAUCUAAGUUUAAUUUGAUUGUGUUUAUUUUCACUCAUUUUUCCCCUCAUUCUUACUGUUCACAGUUUGUGAGCCUGUCAGUGCUUUUGUCACAUUAUGCCAAAUGGUGCCAAAUAAAUUGAAUAAACAUAAAUCCAGAAACGUCUGUGAUGGGAAAAACGCAACGCUUCCUAGUGUAGGGAAUACCACCCAUAGUGGAUAAUUAAGAAAAAGAUUAGGCCUUUUGGAAGUACCAUUGAUGUGUAGUAAAGGUGCUUUUAUAUACCUGUGGCUUACCUGUAUUCAAUGCUUCGAUUGUUGCUUUGGUGCUUGCUGAUUAGUCUUUUUUCCUCCUUAUAUGUUUUUUAUAGGUCAAUCUAAAAUUAUUAUUUUAAGCAAUUAAGAUUUUUAUUUGAGCGGUGUUUAAUUUGGAAGUAAAGAAAGAUGUAAAAUGAUACUUGUAAAAAAAAAAAAACAUUCCUUUCUUUUCAGAAAUCUGUGAUAUGAUCAUUGUUGUCCUGAGGAGAUAUUGUUUAUGUUCCAUUUUGGUUCUGAAAAAUAAAAAAUAAUUUUGUA